CGCUGCGCGGUUUAAGCCGAAUCUUAUUUUUUUCCGUUCCGGACGGCUGUGUUUGUUUCUGUGAUACAAUGUGCCUGGAAAUUUGGCGGCACAAGAAGAGGGUGUUGCUGCUGCUACUGCUGAUGGCCACCGGCAGUAUCUUUUACUAUCUGUACACCCUGAAAUUGGAACGGGAGCGAGAUGCAAAUGUAUCUUCGACGACGUCGCGUUUGGAGCGUGAAGUAAGCGAGUUGCAGGCGGUCUUCGAGUCGAAGGUUAUUCCGAAUCUGGGGGCCUUGGGUCGCCCGGCGAGGGGAAAUUGGACCUCCGAGGAGAUGGAGGCCAUGGAGAAAAGCCAGCUGGAAACGGGUUACAACGCUUGGCUCUCCAAGCGCAUCUCACCUGAGCGCACUCUUUACGACAUGCGGCAUCGCAGCUGCAAAAAGCUCGAGUACCCGCUGGAAAAGCUUCCGUCGGUGAGCGUGGUGAUAACAUAUCACAAUGAGGAACCGAGCGUGCUGCUCCGAACGCUGAGCAGUUUGAGGAGCCGGACUCCGUUCCUGCUGCUCCGGGAGAUUAUCCUGAUGGACGAUGGCAGCAGCUCGGUGGACGAGAAGUUCAACAAUUUCCUGCAGAUCAAGUUCCUCAAUAUGGUGAAGCACCGCAGGAUCACCACCCAAGUGGGUUUGAUGCAGGCUCGAGUGGCGGGAGCUCAACUGGCACUGGCCGAUGUCCUGGUCUUCCUGGACUCGCACGUGGAGGUCACCCACGGCUGGCUGGAACCACUCAUUGCUCCAAUUUUGAAGAACAAUAGGACCUGCACCACCCCAAUUAUAGACACCAUUGAUUACGAGAACUUUGCCUACAGAAGGGGAAAGCCAUCGAGGGGAUUCUUCAACUGGGAAAUGAACUAUAUACAGUUGCCACUCCUUAAAAAGGAGGCGGUGGCCAUGCCGGCUCCCCAUCAGAAUCCCAUCAUGAACGGAGGACUCUUCGCCAUCGGACGUCAGUGGUUCGCCAAACUUGGUGGCUACGACAAGGGAUUGAAGCUCUGGGGAGCCGAGCAGAUCGAACUGAGUCUCAAACUUUGGCUGUGCGGAGGAGAGAUUCUGGAGGUGCCCUGCUCCAGGGUUGGUCAUUUAUACAGGGAUGGUAAUUUUAAAAUUCGCUACACCGAUAAGGAUAAGAAUGCUGAAAAGAAACUUAUCUCAAGGAACUAUCGUCGUGUGGCUGAGGUUUGGUUGGAUGAAUUUAAGGACAAGGUCUUUGCCAAUGCACCACAUUUAACAGUGAUUCCGGUUGGCAAUCUUGCCGAGCAGCGUGAACUCAAGAAACGCCUUCACUGCAAGCCAUUCAAGUGGUUCUUGAAUAAUCUGGCAUGGGACUUUCUGAAUCUAUAUCCUGUAUUGGACCCGGAAGACUAUGCCUCUGGGGUUAUUCAAAGCACAUCCUCUCCGAAACUCUGCUUGGAUCGCUCAGAAAGUCCAAAUGGCCGUCCCAAGUUGGCUAAUUGUAGCUCAGAUCGGGUGUUCCCAAAACCAGAACAGCAUUGGAUUCUGACCAAUCGACGGGAGCUGCGAUCCGGAUUCAUGUGCUUGGAGGUGCGCAACAGUGGUCAGGAUGUUUAUUUCUAUCAGUGUCACGGGCAGAGGGGAAACCAGUACUGGUCCUUUGACUCCAAGUUGCAUCUGAUUAUCUCUGGCCAGGAUAAAGGAGCCAGACGCUGUUUGGAGGCACAGGCGGAAACAAAUGGAUUGACCACCGGAGACUGCGAUCCGCAAAAACCAAAGCAACAUUGGAAAUUCGGGCACCAAAACAACCAAAGAUUGCAGCAAAUUUGGGACAGGGAUUAGCUUGACUGUAAAGUAAUCUCAAUGAAAAUACGAAAAUGUUUUCACAAGCCCUCUUGCCAUGAUAUAGAAUUUAGUUAAAGUUUUAAGACAUGCUUAAAUAUAUUUUAAAGUUAAUGUUUCAUAAA